GUUCGUAAACAAUUACGUGUCGAACAGUUGCGUGGAGAUCGACUCAUGGAAUUGUUUGACAAGGCCAGUGCACGAUUUCGUGGUGCAUUCCGAGAUCUGUUGGGUUACCGAGUUGACGUGCGUCCCUCGGACGAAUACAAAGUCCGUCCAGUAUUCGCGUCCGAUUCCUCUGAAUAUCUCAUGUUUCAAAAGGGUAUUCCACCGGAGCUUACCAAUCUGUUACGUAAUUGUUUCAUCCAUCGAUUACAGUAUACUGAGGAGGAUGCUUUUGAUGAUUGCUCACGCAUCGAUGGCCAACUGGUGUUAAAAGAAAAUCAGUUCAGCCAGCGUCUGUCAGAUGACAUCCGGGCCUAUCUGGGUAGCACAGCUUCGUACCCGGGAUUCUUCGCCGCUCUUACCCUCUCCUACGUGCAACAAACAACGAUGGUCGCUUGA